AUGACGGACUCGGGACUUCCUCCAGACCCCACGGCCAACGGAGAACCCCCAACCACCCAGGCUCAGCAGGACCCUGAGCAGGAGCCUCAGCAGGAGCCUCAGCAGGAGCCACAGCAGGAGCCACAGCAGGACGCCUUCACCAUGGACCAGGAGAUGAAGAUCACGGACAGCAUCGAGGACAGCGGUCUGUUGGAGAGCAGUAUGCGUCUGAAGCCUCAUGAGGCCCAGAACUACAGGAAGAAGGCUCUGUGGGUGUCCUGGUGA